CCCCCCCCGCGCCCUCCUCCCCACGCAGCCCCGGCGAGGCCGGGCGGGCAGCAGCGGGCAGCGCCGGGCAGCAGCGGGCAGCAGCGGCGGGUGACGCAGCCGCCGGAGCGCACAGAAGGGACGAUGCGAGCGGGGGCGCCGGGGCGGCCGGAGGGGUAACGAGCCAGCGGGCACCGGCACCCGGGCGCGGGGAAGCGGGCAGCGCCAGCGGGCACCGGCGCGGGGAAGCGGGCAGCAGGCAGCCCCGCGGCCGAGCGUGCCCGGGCGCCGGACCCCGCGGAGCCCCGGCGGGCAGCGGGAAGGGACGAGGCGGCGCUGGGGCUGGACCCGCCGGCGGCCCCGCGGAGCGGGGAGGAGAUGGAGGUCUCAGAGCUGCAGGGGACGGGUGUCAUUCCUCAAGGACACAGGCAGUAGGACCACAAGGCACUCGGGUUGCGUAGCGUGGCUGUGAGCGAUGCACAGGAGCCUUACGCCGCUGAAUUUCCCGUAGCCAGCCCAUGCCGGGCAGCGGCAGGGAAGCACUUGCCAGCAGAGACGAUGCCUGUUGAUCCUCCUGAGCCAGUCCUGCUGCAGACUGCUGUGGGGGAAGCUGCUCUUACAGCACUCUCCUACACAAGUGGCUCACACCACAAUUAAGCAGCAUGGGGUUACAGACAGCAUGACCGCAGCUGCUUAACAUUUCCUUCAGCAGUGAAGAAGCAAAGAUCGUGGCUCCAGCCCAAGAAGACAUGGGAGAUGCUCACACUGUCUCCAGCGGGCUCUGUUACAGCUCGAGGGAUCUAGAAGAUGCAGUGGAAACCAUCUCGGCAUCAGGACCAUUCUGAUUUCUCUGGGACUUGGGGAAAUCAGCUGCAUCCAGGCAAAUGUCAGCAUGGCUUCUGGGGAAGCAGAGCUGGAGAAGAGGAAGGCAAGAUGAACUGAGACAUAUCACCAGGCAGCAGCAAGAGCAGAGCUGCUCUGCAAGGGGAGACGAGCCGUAAGCUGAGGGUGACAGGCUGGGACAAGACCUCGUCAGCCGGGCAGGGACGAGUCAGUGACAGGUCCCAUCAACAGCGAUCAUCAGACCAAGCCGCCAGCUGACGCUGCCUUCGCCCACCAGUAAGCACCAGCCAGUGCCAUGGAUGAGGGGACGGAGCUGGAGAUGGGGGGAAACUCCCUCCUGAAGGCAGUGUGGCUCGGCCGGCUCCGGCUGACCCGGCUGCUGCUGGAAGGGGGGGCUUACAUCAACGAGAGCAACGAGAAAGGGGAGACCGCCCUGAUGGUGGCCUGCAUCACCAAGCACGUCGACCAGCAGAGCAUUAACAAGGCCAAGAUGGUGAAGUACCUGCUGGACAACAGAGCCGACCCCAACAUCCAGGACAAGUCUGGGAAAACAGCCCUCAUGCACGCCUGCAUCCACGGCGCCGGGGGAGACGUGGUGACCCUGCUGCUGGAGAACGGGGCGGACCCCAGCCUGGAGGACCACUCGGGAGCAUCAGCUCUGGUCCACGCCAUCAACGCCGAUGACAAGGACGUGCUGCAGCACCUCCUGAACGCCUGCAAGGCCAAAGGGAAGGAGGUGAUCAUUAUCACCAUGGACAAAUCUGCCUCCGGCACCAAGACCACCAAGCAGUACCUGAACGUUCCCCCCUCGCUGGAGUUCAAGGAGAGGGCAUCCCCCGAGGCGUGCACAGCACCCUCCAGCGCACACCUGAAAACACCCAUCUCAGCACCUUCCCCCGCUGAGAAGGAGAGCGGCAUCUUCAGCCCGCACCCGUCGCACCCCGGGGACAGCCCCUCUGCCAGAUCUGCCGACGAGCCCCCCUCCCCAGGCCAGAGAGCCGGUGCGGCCAGGAGAGCCCGCCUGCCCCAGCUGAAGCGGCUGCGGUCAGAGCCGUGGGGUCUGGUCGCACCCUCGGUGCUGGCGGCCUCCACGUACCGCGACGACACGCGGGUCUGCGUGGAUGACGAGGUGAUCAUGGGCAUCGGCGACCUCUCGCUCUCCAAAAAGGCUCCCCUCACCCGGAGCAGCAGCAGCAAGAGCAGGGACCCCUCUCUCUUCCCCCCGGUAGACGAGCAGGCUCUGCGGGCACCGCCAGCCCCUGGGCUGCUGGCGAGAAAAGCGGCCUACGAGAAGAGCCAGGCUGGCCACCAGCGCCUGCCCCGAAGGAGCACCGUCCCCGAAGUGCCGGAGAGCGUCAGCUUCGCUGCCGCCGGCUCGGCUGCGGCGAUGGAUGCGCUGCACUGGCAGAGGCUGGGCGCCGAGCACUACGACUGCGACCCCCAGCUCUCCGGCAUCCCCAGCCCGGCCGAGGCGGGGAAGGUGCCAUCGGAGAGGAGGAAACUCAGCGGGUCCCACCUGGCCUUGCUGGACGGCUCGCGGGAGUCCCUGGACAGCAUCGCCGGCACAUCGCCCGGGACCGUCCGGCGCCGACCACCCGGUUUGCUGGAGAGGCGAGGGUCUGGGACCCUGCUGCUGGACCACAUCUCCCACAAAAGGCCGGGAUAUCUGCCCCCCCUGAACGUGAACCCCAACCCCCCGAUCCCCGACAUUGGCUCCGCCAGCAAAACCUCCUCCCUGCUUGCUGCUGGCUUGAAGUCCCUGGUACCCAUCGCUCCCAGCUCGCCCAGACGGGGCGACUUGAGAGCCAAAAGGAAGCUCCUCCGGAGACACUCCAUGCAAGCGGAGCAGAUGCGGCAGCUCUCCGAUUUCGAGGAAAUAGUGGCCCAGUAGCCGUGUCACCG